AUGAGUUCUCUCCAAUCCUUCUUUGUGCUCCUCCCAUCAGCGAUGACAAAGCUGGUUGACUUGUCCGCACAGCUCGUUGUCGGUUCUGCGGCUUGUCUUGGUGUAAUAGCAAUAAUUGCUCAGGUUUACCUUCCUCAAUCGAAGAACGGCCUUCCUCUCCCACCUUCCCCUUUCAAUUUGAGGCCUUGGGGGCACUUCCUGCCGCAUCACAAGUACAAGUCAUUUCUUACCAUAGCGGGAUGGAUUAAUGAGCACGGUCCUCUGAUCACUGUUCGGUCAGGACUUGGGAAAGUCGUGAUUAUCGGCCGUUACAAAGCCGCUAUGGAUAUUAUGGAGAAUCAGGGCGGAACUCUAGCUGACCGUCCUCGUAUGAUUGCUGCUGGUGAAUUAUUUGGCGGCGGACUGAGCAUUGCCUACACACCCUUUGGGGACAGGUUCCGCCGGAUGCGUAGAGCACUUCAUACGCAUUUCCAGCCUAAAGCAGCUGGGGCUUAUCAGCCUCUGCAGGCGGCAAACGUGAAGAACCUGGUCUUCGACAUUCUUGAUGAUCCAUACAACUUUCAGAAUCAUGUGACAAGUUAUGCUGCGACGGUAAUCACGAAAGUUACUUAUGGGAAUACUGCGCCCACGUCUGCGACUGAUCCCCGAGUCAUUGAGAUGCGCCAACUUAGGAAGUUGAUUGACGGAGCCCUGCGUCCUGAUGCUUUCUACCUUGUGGACUCGAUCCCGUGGCUCAAACACUUUCCUUGGUAUGGCCGAGAAUUGAAACAGGGAUUUCAGAGGAGCAAGCGACUUAACAUUGGUCAGCUGAACCGAGUAAAAGAGCAAAUGCAAAACAAUGUGGACAUUGGCCCUUCGUUCACGAAAUAUAUGUUAGAAAACAGCGAUCUCCAUGGCUUGACAGAGGACGAGACGGCUUUUCUCGGUGGCUCCUUGUUUAGAGCUGGGUCUAACACGACUACUUCGGUGAUAUGCACGGUGCUCAUGGCAGCUGCAUGUUUCCCCGAGGAGCAAGCUAAAGUUCAGGCAGAGCUCGAUGCGGUCAUAGGAAGGCACCGAGCGCCGACAUUCGCCGACCAACAAUCCCUUAUUCGUCUACAUGCCUUCAUCUCUGAGGCUGUGAGAUGGAGACCGGUUGCUCCUAAUGGAUUCCCUCACCGAACAACCAAAGACGAAAACUACUGCAUACCAGCUGGGACCACGGUAUUCGGCAACCAUUGGGCAAUCUGUCGAGAUCCAGAAGUAUAUCCCGAACCUGACGCGUUCAAGCCUCAACGCUGGAUUGACGAAGAAGGUCUCCUGAGAGACGAUUUAACCAAUUUUCUCUACGGGUUUGGUCGACGUGUGUGUCCCGGUCAACAUGUUGCGAACAGAACGGUAUUCAUAAGCGUGGUCCUGAUUCUUUGGGCCUUCCGGCUCACUCUGGAUCCUACCAAGCCGUUGGAUGACAUGGGGUUCAUGAACUCGGAGAAAGCACAUCGGCCGUUUACGUACCGGCCGUGCACCAUUGAGUUCGAGAGGAUAAUUCCAGAAACAGAGCUCAGGCACAUGAUGCAAAAUGAUCCUGAAGUCUUGUGA